GGUUACAAGCUGCUUAAGCUUUCGCGUAGUGUUUGUAAAACUAGUCAGCGUGAAAUGCAGUGCAAUUGAUGAACGAAGUCGAAGCUAAGUUGAAAACGUUUCGUCAUGUCGUUAGUUUGACUAAUUACGGUUUGAACUUUAGGAAGAGCUUCAAGAAAGUCGCUGGCAGCGUCUUCAACGACCACACGGAGAAAAGUUUGCUACAGUUAGCCGCGAAGCUAAAAACAACCAGCAGCGUUAGCUCAACACAGCUGUAGCUAGCAGCAUCCUUAAAGUUAGCUUCUUUUUUAAUAGAUGCUGUAUCGUAUGGAUUAAGUUAAAUCUGAAUUGGUGAUGAAAAAUGUGAGACCAUGGUGGUCCUAAGAGAAGGUAUGUGUCCUGGACUGGAUGCAGGUUUACUUCGGAACCUGCGUGCUGCUGAUGUUAAAACAGUGGAGGACCUGGUCUCGUCAGACACGGAGGAACUUGCUCGGAAAUGUUCUGUGUCCUACAAGGCUCUGCUCGCCAUCCGCCGAGUGCUGCUGGCCCAACACACAGCGUUUCCCGUGUCCGGUGCUGAUCUGUAUGAGGAACUAUUGAGCUCGACAGCCAUCCUCUCCACCGGAAAUCCCAGCUUAGAUAAACUGCUGGAUUCUGGCUUGUAUACUGGAGAGAUAACAGAGCUGUCAGGAGGCCCAGGAAGUGGCAAAUCUCAGGUGUGCUUUGGGGUUGCGGUGCACAUUUCUUACCGGCUGAAACAGAGUGUGGUUUAUAUCGACACGACGGGAGGGCUGACUGCCGGCCGCCUGCUUGAAAUGCUGCAGACUGAAACAAGCAACACAGAAGAGCAGAUGGCAGCUCUUCAGAGGAUCCAAAUUUUCCGUUUGUUUGACGUCUACUCUUUGCUCGACUGUCUGUACGGCCUUCGCAGUGGCGGCCUUCAGCAGGCGUCUGUUGGCGGCGGCUCUGUCAAGGCGGUGAUCGUGGAUUCGGUUUCUGCCGUUAUCUCUCCACUACUGGGAGGCAAACACAACGAAGGCAUGUCCUUGAUGAUACAAGUGGCAGGAGUUCUUAAGACGAUGGCAAAGGAUUUCAACGUUGCUGCUUUGGUAACAAACCAUGUAACGAGAAGUGGCAGUGGGGAAGUGCAGCCGGGCCUCGGUGCUUCGUGGAGUCACAUCCCCAGAACCAGGAUCCUGCUGGAGCGAGUAGAGCCGGCCGCCGCUGUCAGCCCGUCCGGUUUGCGCUCUGCAACGCUGAUCAAGUCUUCCAGACAGCCUUGUCACAUCAAAGCAGAAUUUGACUUGGGGUGGUGGAGUCGCUCCGAAGAAGGGUCCUCGAGAAAGAGGAAGCUGGAUGAGACAGAUUCCUGACGAGAGCAACUGUAAUCCUCCGCAGAAGUGUCAGAGCGAAGCAGGGAGGUACGAGGCGCCUCUUGCGGAUACAUUCCCAGAUCCAGCUGGGUGAAACUCUCUGGGCCUGACUGUCCUCGUCGGGUUCGGCCAGCGUGUGCGUGGCCGAGGCGGCGUCGUAGUCCGGAACGAGGUCCCCGUCGUACGCCACAAAGUACCGCCUCAGUUUGUCAAAGUCCUGCACCGAGACGGGCAGGAAGAGCUUCACUCCGCUGAAGAUGUCCAGCAGCGUCUGCAGGGGAAACAAAAAAAGGUCAGGAGAGGAGACGCUCUCAAGACUUACCAUCUGUAAACGAAUGGAAGCCGAGUGCUCUGCUUCCAAGUACUGUUCAGACUGAAGAACAUUACAAAAUUACAGGAGGAAAUAUUCUGUGAUGACAAGAAAACACUAAAUUGGACACAUCUUCAUAGAGCUUUUGACAAAUUAUAUGAAAUAUCAAAUUAAUAAUGUAUUCUGUCAAAUGUUUAGAUUAAAAUAGAGCUGCAAACAACAAUGGUUUUCGUCGUUGGUUAUUUAUCUGAUUACCCGAGUAGUUGUUUGGUCUAUUAAAAAAAACAGAAAACAUGAGUGUUUACCAAAGUCCAGGAUAAUGUUGUAGAAACCAGAACAAAAUCAAACUUAAGAAGCUCAAUGCUGCUGUUCACUUUCUUUAAAAACAACUAUAACGGAUUGAUGGUCAAAAUAGUUGAUUCAUUUUACAGCUGACAACUAAUUGAUUAUUCGUUGCAACUCUAGAUUAAACAUCUCAUGUUACCAGAAAUGUGGAACAUCAACAAACACUCAACUUUACCAACACUGUAAUAGGAAAACAAAGAACAUUGUCACAUUGAUGACACUGAAAUUUAUUCAGUUGGCUUUUUGUUGCACAACUAUACACCACUUUACCUUCACUGAAGACAACUGGUGGUUUAGUACAACUGAGGCUUUAUUUUCACACCUCUGAAUGUUUGAUUUUGAUUACAUUGCAGUGGCUGCUAAGAUUGCACUAAAUUGGGCAAGAAAAUCGAACCUUCAGGUUAGUUAAAACUAUUUGGAAAAGAAAACGACCACUUCAAAUAACCCAAAACAUCUCAUCGACAUCUUGGUUCAGCCUUGAAGUGUGGCCAGAUUGCAGGAGCUCUCAUUUGAUCUCCAAAAAAACCACUGCAGGCUGGUUAAAGAGUGUUUAGUUACUGUGCAGUGGUGUUUGAAUGAGGUAAUUAUCUGUAGUCAGUAGAUGAUGGUUGGCACACCUUCAUUUUAAACACCUUAAAAGAAGAGAAUGUUUAAUUUAGAUGUACACUACAUUUAGAACACUCUUAGUUCUUUACUUUGCCAUGUUUUGUGCUAACAUAACUGCACAAGGGUUUUCUAAUCAUCAAUGAGCCUUUCAACACCAUUAGCUAACACAAUGUAGCAUUAGAACACAGGAGUGAUGGUUGCUGGAAAUGUUCCUCUGUACCUCUAUGGAGAUAUUCCAUUAAAAAUCAGCCGUUUCCAGCUACAAUAGUCAUUUACCACAUUAACAAUGUCUAGACUGGAUUUCAGAUACAUUUAAUAUUAUCUUCAUUGAAAAAAAAAAGGCUUUUCUGUCAAAAAAUAAGGACAUUUGUAAGUGACCCCAAACUUUUGAACAGUAGUGUGCAUCUAUAAAUAAAUGUGUCUGUAUA